AUGACCGAACCUCUAGACGACCUGUCGGUCGCCGAAAUACCAACGACAUUUCACAGCUUCCCGAAACUGCCCACCGAGGUCCGGCUUAGGAUCUGGAAGCACGCAUGUUUCCCUCGCUCUCAGACCGAUCACGGUAUUCAUUACGUCACUGUCAACAUCGUGCAUGAGGAUUUUGAGGAAGAGGACACAGUUACCCUCGACGAUAACCUGGAAGGCUACGAUGAAGAAUUUACCGUAGAAAGCGAUGACGAUGGCUACGUCACCCUGACGGCCCCGAAACUCCCUUUCGACGACCCAGCCGGACUCAGCCGCCCCAACGCAUCGGCCUGUCUUUGGGAUGCCGGCCUUUCGACCGCUUGCCAUGAGUCUAGGCUCGCUUUCGCAGAGUAUCAUAAUCUCAAAGGCUGGCGAGAACUUCGGAAGCAACCAAUCAACACAACAGAGACAAACCUAUGGUACCACCAAGCCUACCCCUCGACUCUCGUCCCCCACAAAAAAGACAAGAAUUGGUGCCCGAUGACUGUUCCUCUCUUCGAUAUCUUUUGCAUCGACAUGAGCAGCAUCAAAAAGCUGCCCAAAAGCCUAUACAGCAUGAAGCUGCUCACACCAUUCCUCAACACACGAACUUUCACAAUCAGGGAGAGUUGGAAUAUCGCCAUCAAGUACGAUACAAGCUGGAAUAACAAACGCGUGCCCCAAGAGUACCGACUGAAGCGUGAAAAGACCCCGCGGGGACUUCUUGCAAACUGGCUUGACAGAUUCAAGGAUGAGAUCAUUCCCGAACCAAGUGUCUGGAUCAUCGACGACAGCGUUGAGUGGGUUGCGAGGCGGGAGAAGACAUACACCCCGGUGUACCGUGACUGUGAUGGAGAGUAUGUCCAGAUCGACUGGGAGGAUACUCGUCUCGAUGGAGCCAAGGGAAAUGUCACCCGUUUUUUCGAACGUUUGAGCGACGUAUUGGACGAAGACGUUGAUUACGUUCCGUUUCGAACAAAGAAGAUUGUGAAGCUUCUUGUUCGCAAAGACAACGAGAUACCCUGGGACCCAAACGAAGAGUUUUGA